GAGUGCCUUGAGUGGACUGCCGAUAACUUGUCUUGGCAUAACUGAAAACUCGACCUCCUGCAAUGGACCUGAGCGUUCGGUCGCUGGCCAGCAAGGCUGUUUUCCUUCUGGUUGCGACGCCCUUCUUGAGCCUGGUGGAUGCCAUGCCUGGAGUGUACUUCACCUCUGACUUGCUUUCCAACAAAUGGAUUCCCGAUCCUAUGAAAACUAUCAUGAUCGUCGAUAGGGAGGACUGUGAGACGCAGUGUGUCAGGCAUCCUCUUUGCACUGGCUACGCAGUGUCGACCUUCGAGAGAAAAUGUCGGCUGUAUCAAAUCGAGCGAGGUUUGGCACCAGUCAAGAACAACGGGUACAAGCUCUACAUCAAGAUGAAAACGGAGGAGCAAGGCUACUACGUGUAUGGAACCCAAUACGUUCGCUUGAUGCACACUCGCCUGAACUAUUUCGAUGCUAAUAAAGAAUGUAAAAAGGAGAACGGAAAACUCGUAGCUGUUAGGGACCAGAAAAUGAAUGAUCUCUUGUUGGAGCUCCUGAAUAAGUUUGCAGUAUGGGAAGCCCUGAUCGGCCUCAACGACAUGGAAAAGGAAGGAGAAUGGCAAUAUGCUGAUAAUACCCCGGCCUCUUACCAGAACUGGGAUUGGAAAGGCUGGUGGGAAAGGUCUGACAGGAACUGCGCUGUCGUCACCAUCAGUGAAAAUGGCCCUUGGCGCCACGUCAACUGCUGGAGCAAAUUCUAUUUCUUUUGUGAGAUUCCUAUGUUCCUUUAGAUAAUUACCAGUCUCCCUUCUUUUACUCCAUCUCCCACCCUCCCUCCGUCUUUCCUUUCUUCCUACAUUUCUUUGUUUUUACUCUGCCUUCCUUCCCCCCUCUGUCUUAGAUGAAACGGUGUGAUGGUUAAAUGCCUCAACUAAUUUCUCAUUAGCUGAGGCACAAAAUAAACAGGGUCUUUUAGCCUGUGGUUUCCAAACUGGGUGCCCUAGACAGUACCUAGGAUCUGGGGUGUCAUUUCACAUUUUUAGCACAUAAUUGAUUACACUAACUAAAUUGCCUAAUCACUGGAUUGUCCAAAUUGCCUAAUUUUAAUUGUAAAUAACAACAGGCCAUUCAGUAAUCGAAAAGGGCCUUGACGCACUCUAUUUAUUGACAUGAGUGUAAUAUUCAACACGAAUAUAGUUUACUCAAAAUAUGAAGCUAUUAUUAGUCAACAGCUUUUGUAUCAGCGCACGCAAAUAAAGCUAACAUCUUGUAAUCAUCAUGCGCGCAGAAACCGUAGACCUGUGCACGUGCUCAAAUUGCAAUGCACACAUAAUCCAUAUCGCGUGUCAGCGCCUUUACUGAAUCAGGAAUCAAAACAUGAGUGUAAGUUGAUUACUUCAUUAUUACAACUUAUGAUGAAAUUUAGUGCACUACGGAAUGUUAAUGCCCACAUCAGACUGCUGUUGGUUUUAAUUGUUUGUUUGUUGUUUUCCAUUAAAGAAGCGCAUAUUAAUAUGACUUCACGUCAUUUCAUCUUGCCUUUUAGCACUACCAACUCCAAGCAGUCUUUUUGUAACACAGUAAAACAUAUGCAUGUUUAUGCGUGCGCGCGCAUAAACAUGUAUAUGUUUAAAUUGUGUGUGUGUGUGUGUGUGUGUGUGUGUGUGUGUGUGUGUGUGUGUGUGUGUGUGUGUGUGUGUGUGUGUGUGUGUGUGUGUAAUAUCGAUUGCAUACAGGUAACCCGAUCAGGGAUACGUAAAGCCACGGUUAACAGGUGGUAGAUGUGGAUUUCAAGCAAGAGCAGAAAAUGCACUUACUGAUUGAACCACGGGAUGCUGAGUAGAUGAACCACGUUAUGGUCAAAUGUCAAGAAUUACCCGUCUAGUUUAGACACUGCUACUGAAGAAAGCAACGAAAACCUACUUCAGCACCUCUCCCUAGUCAAUCAAUGAUGAAGGUCUCAAAGGAAAACUCGGAAUAACGUGAAAGAUUGCGCCACAUGGCAUCAACUGCUGGAACGUCAGCAACAUAAUUGUUACGUUGCGCGUGGUCACGAGAACCAUAUAGAUCAUAGAUCACUAUCUGUCCUUGAUGCAAUACACACACAUACACACACACACACACACACACACACACACA